AGACUAGAAAGUCCACUUGGUAUCAUUUUUAACUUAGUUUGUGUGGCCUGGUGUUUGUGGCAUGGCAUAUAGUAAUCACAGCUGAUAGCAGAGUUUAAGUACCACUGGAGAUUCAACAAAUGGAAAAACGCCGAGUGAAUAAUGGGUCGCUUGAAGAAGGAGUUGCGGAGGCAAAGUACACCAGGUUUGGUGAAAGAAUUCGACAAGUGUUUCCCGGCCCAAUGCAAUGUUCGAUGGCUUGUGGAGGGAAGAACUGUAAAUGGGAGAAUCCAUCAAGAUGGAGUGAUGCAGAUCAAGCCAUAAAAGGCGUUUUCUCAUCUUGGGUUUUGGACAACGUAGUUGCCAUGUCACGGCCCUCGACACAAAUUAUAGAGAAAUACAACAUAAUUGAUCAAUUCAAAAGACAUAACAUUACAUCCAUAAUAAACCUACAGCGACCUGGGGAACAUGCUAGUUGUGGUCCACCUUUAGACAAAGAAAGUCUGUUUACAUACAAACCCCAGCUCUUUAUGGACAACGAUAUAUUUUUCUACAACUUUGGUUGGAAAGAUUUUGGAGUGACGUCUCUAAACACUAUCCUGGACAUGGUUAAGGUGAUGUGCUUUGCUUUGGAGGAAGGCAAUGUUGCUGUGCACUGUCAUGCUGGGUUGGGCAGAACAGGUGUAUUGAUCGCUUGUUAUCUUGUGUUUGCUCACCGUAUGGACCCAGACGCAGCUAUUUUAAGGGUUCGAAAAAAUCGAAGCAACUCUAUUCAAACGAGGGGGCAAAUCGCUUGUAUUCAUGAGUUCGCACAGUUUCUUAGACCACUGAGAAUUGUUUUUCCUCAGGUUGUUCCACACUCGAAGCGCUUAACUCUGAAGCAAUUCCUGACUCGACAGCACCAUCUGCUACAUGGGUUUGAGUCUCGUGAAUUAAAACACACUCCUAAGCUUGUACACACUGUGUGUUUGAGACUGAGUCAGAUUGCUGUUGCUGGAGACUCAGUGGAAGACAAUGUAACAGAAGAAGACGCUGUAAAAGAUGACGCUCAGAUAAGGAGAUGUAACACAGUAGCUGAAAUAAAGGAAACAAUACCAGGUGCCUUUGUUAAUGAAAAUAUGGCAGAAACAGCAACAAAAGAAGAAAAGCAAGUCCCUCUUAGUAAGUCACCAACCGAUGUAGAUGCGGUGUUGUCACCUCGUGUUUCACGACGCAGCAGUGCAAGAACCAACAGCACAUCAGAAGCAGUGGCUCGCCCCCAGUCAGCUGGUGAUCCAAGUAUUGAACAAACAGAGGAUGAGAUCUUCGCAAAUACAUCCGAUGAGCAGGAGUGGAAGAAGAAGAGACAUGUAGCAUCUGCAACGUCAAAACCUCCGACUCCAAUCCUCGUCGCGAGCAGAAACCGAGCACUUUCGGCGAAAAGUCAUCAUGAAGAUGAUGAUGAUGUGUCUGAUGAAUCUUCCGAGCCAAAAGUAAUGUUGGUGAGACAAGGAUCGUGCUCCGGAGGUAUUAACCUUACAGAGGGAGUCAUUUACUCCUCUGAGGAAUCUGGAAUCCAUUCAUCGGAGCAAGAGGAAAUGAACGAUUCCUUAACAAGCUGUAACAUCAACAACAACCACUCGUUGAACGAAUCAAGCUUCGCAUCCAUCAACUUAGACAUUGAUGAAGAUGCAAAUAUUGAUCUGGAUGAAACUGCUCCAACAUCCGAACAGAGUGAUCCUAAACCUUCCAUCCAGCCCUCCACCAACCUCAAUGAGCGGGGAGUGAAUAGUUUGAUCAUCAGCAUCAAUAAAAUGGCUGCCAUCGAAUCUACAAUACUUGCUGAAAUAGAAGGUCAACCAUCAGUUCGUAAACCGAGGUUAUCAGCUGGUAGAUCAGACACAAUUCUACCAACUGGCUUGCCGUCAAAAAGUUUACGUAACAGCGCAAAAUCAAGGUUGCCUGUCACUGAAGAAAGUGCUGAUAAUGAUGUGGCCGAAAAGUCAAAAGAAUCUGAAGAAAAAGAAAUUACUGUGAAGGAUAAACAAACUGCUGCAAAUGAAACUCUUGGAGUUGAAGCAGAACCAACAGCAAGUGGAGAACCCGAUGUUCUUGAACUGAAUUUCACAACAAAUAACUCAAAUAUGAUUAAGGUGUUCAACGGGCAAAUUGGGAAGGCUAAAGCUGAAGUGAAGCAGAAUAUUCGAUUUGCGGGCACUUCACAAGUUACUGUGAAGCCUAAGCAAGUAAACAUGCUUUCCUACAAUGACUUGUACGCCAACGAAGAAAGCAAGGGAGAUGAACUUUUUCAAACAUUCUUCCAAUGCAGCGAAGAGAGCAUGGAAACUUCGAAUGAGUUGGUUCAAGAGCUCUCUAGUGAUGUCCUUGACCUUGUUGGGACUGCAGACGAGCCUCAUUCAGUGGUUGUGUCAACAAUGGUGGUAUCUUCACCUCCAGCUGCACCAAUGGAAGAGAUGGAAGUUGCCACAGAGGCAGCUUGCCAGGAUAUUACUCAAGCACCACAGGAAACAGAAUUAGAUGAUAAUGUAGAAGAAGAUAAUGGUAUUUGCUUUAAUGCUGACCGAAAAGAUGAGGAUGAUAAUCUGGAUGAAAUAAUCGACAUCAAGGAGGAUGAAGGACCCUCAUUCUCUGACACCGAAAAUGAGGAUGAUGUAAAUCGAGAUAAACUUUCUAAUUCAAUCGCUUCUAAAGUGAGUUGGACGCAACAAAUGAACAAUACAAAUUCGAAAGAAGCCAGAGACUUAUCAGCUUCUUCCAAAGCUUCCCACAGUGGUAGAAGAACCCCUUUAAUGUACAGAGCUGAACGAAAUAUUGAUCUCUUCAAUAAAAUGAAUGAACAAACUCAAGAAGACGACAGCAAAUCCGACAGCAGUGGGAACAAUAGUGAUGUCAUAAAAGAGUCUGAACCUCCAAUCCUUCCAGAAGAGUCCUUAACUGAAACGGAUGCAGAUUUGCUCGGUAGUGAUCUACAUCCACCCAUCCCAAGGAUAAACUCAACGAAGAGCAUGAGUGAUCUUCCGCAAGAAGCGAAAAAGUCACCGGAGUUUUUGACAAGUCGUUUUAGCAGUUUUAACGAUGCAGAUGUGAAGAAUAAAGAGAAAGGAUCCAAUAAAGGACCUAUCUCUGUGGCAAAAGCUUUUGCUUAUAAACUAACAGAUGAUGAGUUUCUAUGGGAGAGAGUUUACACGCAUCAGAUUGAAAUAAACAACCGAAUCGAUGCGUGGGCGACAGUUUCAAACAAUUGUGAUGCGUUUGUCUUGUCUGCCCUCAUGUGGUCGUGGGUGGAGCAUCUUGCGGAGCCGGUGAUCACGCAGAGGAGCAAGAUGAAGAUGUUGGAGUUGGUGAAAAUCAAUGAAGAUGCAACAUUUGACGAUAUAGUGAUGAACUUUGAGAGCGCUCUUAAGGCUCUGGAACCAGAGGUAUCAUGCACAACCAAGUGCUUGCUCAACUGCAUUCUGUCUUUUCCUGCCUUCCCCAAGUACUUGGCACAUUCUGUUGUUGAUAGAACUAUCUCUGCAUUAACACAAUCCCCACUGAAUCCAAAUGCUGAUGCAGAGAAUAUAAACCACGAACUGACACAAGUGUUCCAAGCUUAUGUGGACGCCAAAUACGAACUUGCAAACAAAGUUCAAUUUCAUGUUGGUGGAGAAACCCCUAAUGUGGUAGCAAGCAAAGAAAUUGUGGAAACCAUAUCUUUGGAUAAUGAGAAUGAUGAAAUUGAGCCUGAGAAUGAUAUAAUCCUCUCAUCCGAGCCUACAUCUAUUGCUCCAAGAUCAGCAUCCAGCAUCCGUUCCUCAUCCUCCGGUGGAAGCAACACAAGUGUGAUCCUGAUGCAAUCUUCUAUAGCUUGCUCUUAGUUCCUCAAAAAAAUAUUUUUACUACAAAUUCCGGUUUUAACUCCCUUAUAUGUGUUUACCCCAAUUCAGCAAGUAACAUAUCCAACAUAUGAAGCGUAAUAAUUGCUCAUUUGUAUUUUAGGUAGAAUUUUAUAAAGGGUCAAUUUAUUUUAACUCUUAUACCUAAGUUCAUAUAAUUUGUAUGAAUUUAACGUAUAUGUAUCUCCUGUUGUCACGAUUUUCAUAUAACUUUUUUAUGAUUUUUAGACUAUUUACAAAAAGCUUUGGGCAGCUUCUCUUUCAACGCUGUGCAAUUUUAUUUAAGAUGGCAUAUUUACUACUGAAUGCGAUUUUACUGAAAUAUUUCUUCAAGAUGCUUAAUUUUGCACCUUGUUAUCUUUCUAGUUUAAAAGUUCUUAAUCUUGCUGUUCUUCCAGGCUCUACAGCCAUUUCACUACUACUGGUGCCCCUUUCUCUGUGUUUUCUAAACCAAAAGCUUCCAGUGGUGUAAAGAAAAUGCAUGUAAAUACUCCAUUUUUUACCAAAAACCAUUCCAUGUUUACUUGAAGCCAAUACCAAAACAAACUGAAUACUAAAACCCAACCCUAUGCAACUGCUACAAUACAAAAAGCAAGAAGCGCUAAAUA